AUGAAGCCGUUGAUCCUUUUCAUGUUUUGCAUUUGGCUGGCCAGUGGAUUCCACAGGUAAGCACAUUUCCUUGGCUUUAUUUUUUCUUCUUACAAGCAGUAGACGUUGCCCAGUCACAAGGCUUAGCUGUGAGGCUCAAUCCUGCAAACGGCAGGACACUUAAAACUAGCGCCCCAAAUUUGUUACAGCACACAGACUUCCAACACUGGCACACAAGUGCCCCAAGAAUGUGUGGUGAAUGAUGCUCCAAAGCAAAGGCGCAUGGUGAUCAAAUCUCACACUGUGUGGAGCAUUGCUAAUGGGAUCCACAGAGUGCAUAACAAUACAUGGCAAAUAAUGACCAACUGCAGGAAACGUAUUUGCCACUUCAUCUAGGUUGGCUUUCUAUUGAUACCAGGCAAUAACUAUCUCAUGGUAACAACAACAAAGCCAGCGGUGAACUCAUAAGAAAUACACCAUGGACAGAGUUCUAAAGAUAUGAGCAAUAAAAACCAUAGAGUUGGUGGCAACUGCUGUAUAGUUGUUCCUCAUAAGAAUGCUUUUCUUAGUUUUUACAGUGCAGCAUUACUUACAUUUUCUUCCGCUUCCCCUCAGAGUUCCCCUGAGAAGACAUAAAUCUUUGAGGAAGAUUUUGAGGGAACGUGGGCAACUGUCUCAGUUCUGGAAGGCCCACAAGUUGGAUAUGAUCCAGUACACCCAGGACUGCUCGGCUAUCCAGGAAGCCAACGAGCCACUCCUCAACUAUUUUGAUGUAAGUUAAGAGCUGAAGCGGAACCAUGAGAAGCAGCAAUAUGGCAACGACAAAGGAGACAGAUGUUGCAUUGUUGUUGUUGUGUGUGGUUUUUGCAUGAAGGACCUUUAGACAAGCUCCCUGUCUCCCACUUCAACCGAAUCUAUACAAAUUCAGAAAUUAGAUAAUAUAUGGCACCUUGCCAUAUAUCUGCUCUGCAAGCUGUUGGCUUAUUCGUUUUCUUUUUGAUGGGCCACUUUGAAAAGCAGCUCUGGUCUUAGACAAAGGGUUCUAUUCAGACAAAGGGUUCUAUGCAUAUAUGUAAUGAAUCCAAUUAUUUCUACAUUUUACUUCCCUUAUGUGGGGAAGAACAUAAUUAUAAUUUUAUGUACUCCCCACUUCCUCCAAGCAACGAGAAGUUCCAAGGGCAGCACUUAACCCAGCUUUGGUUUCCUUUGGAGGAGAGAUCACUGGAGACUUAAGGCAUUUACAAAUGUACAAGUUCAGCACAGGAGGAAGCAAAGCACAGCUACAAGCAGGAAAUCCACUGCUGCAUAUCAGAUCACAAACCCCACCCGGAUACCAUCUAAUUCUGUGCCUCUCUUUCAGUCCCACCAGACUGGUGUUUAUCUCGCCGCUCCUCUAGUAUAUUCUGCAACAUGUCCCUGGUGCAAUAAUAGUGCAUUAGUGAUGGAUUUAUACUGGAUUUAUAGCUUUGUUAGCUAUUCUGCGAUGCUUCCCCAAUGUUGUUGCAUUAUUUCUAUCUGAAGGGGCAUUGUGGGGAAAGAAUCACAUUCUUUCCACCAAUAAGAUGUUGUAGUUAGAAAGCUGGGAUGGUAUAUCACAUUAGCUGUGUACUUCUAGGUCAAGAUACAGAGCUAAAGUUCAGGUCUCUUUUUCGAAGUCCCUAAUUCCAUAUGUCUGUGCAAAGGGGCAUAUUGUAAAUGCUGAAUGGGCAAAGGUUGGGAAAGGCUUCUGCUUUUCUGUGGCUGUGCUGAGUAUUUCUCCAUCACAAUACCUGGAAAAGAAAUGUUGUUGUUUUUCCUUUCUGCUAGGUAGAAUAUUUUGGACGGAUCUCCAUCGGGAAUCCUCCUCAGAAUUUCACUGUGCUCUUUGACACAGGUUCCUCCAACCUCUGGGUGCCAUCCGUUUACUGUGUCAGCAAAGCUUGCGGUAUGGAUGGGGGUGGGAGGAGAGGAAUGGGCUGUGGGUGGACUUUGGUUGUGUUUAAAGAGUAAAUUCACUAUAAGCUGCAAUAAAAGUGAUAUGUAAGGGUCAACUCCCUGAGGCGAAGGCAGUGGUCAGGUUCCUUGGUUACAAAGCGCUUUGUAUCCUGAUGUACGAAUCACAUCUUGAUUUUACAUAUCAUGGAGACCCAUGAAGAACCCACUUUAAACUGUGCUCUGUGCAAACUGUUACCAUGCAGUUCAGAGGUGGUGAACCUCAGGUCUUCCAGAGCUCUCUUAUCUUGCCCUCAGGGGACACCCCUGCUCCACACCCAUCCUCGAGUGCUUUGCCCAGCCGGAACUUGUUACUGAAUUGUGAUCAGGCCUCUUGCUUGCCUGGUUGGAGGGAUGUCUGUGUAAACCUCUGCUUUGCAUGGAGCUGACUGUACAGAGAUAAGACUCCCUUGUUUCUCCACCUGCUUCUUCACCUCUGCCCACCUGCCACUGGCAUAUGGCCCCUGAAAGAUUGCUUAUGAGGAAAUGUGGCCCUCAGGGCAAGCUGUGUUUGAUGGAAAGCUUUAAUAAAACCGUAUUUUAAAAACACACACACUCAGGCCCUUCAUCAUAGGGUCAGGCAAUUCCCCCUACACCUCCCACCGAUCUUUCCAUAUGGCUGUUUGUGGUAACUUGAUACUUGGAUAGAGAUCACAUCACAUCAUGGCUUCUGUGUGAUACAAAGUAAAGUGGGCUCCGUCUGGUGGCUGCGAUAUGGAAGCUGUACUUUAUCCCAUCUGUAAAAUGGGAGUCAAAUUAUCUUCCUCCCCUGCUGAUUGUGUUGCAAGUUACUCUCUUGUGAUUGGAAAGUGUUUACUAUAAAAUGAAUAUGAGCACAGGAAGAAUCUGUUGUAAAGAAGGGAAAAAAGAGGAACAGUCCGGAGGGGAAAUGAUUAGCCAUGGAAAUCUUGUGUUAAGUCUUACUUCUUCUUGCUUGUCAGGGUGUGAUCAUGAUUUCACCACAGGGAGGCGCAUUUACUAUGAUAAAUGAUGAAAAAAAGAAUACUUUCAGACAGAUUCCCUGAGGAAUGGUGAUAGGAAAAAGCAGCUUGGGGUGAUUUUUCUAAGUAAAAAAUUAUUGUGUAAAUAAGCGAGGCACUGGAAGAAUUGUCGAAUAGUGAAUGCAAAAUAAUUGACUGUCGUCUUCUGCAUGUUAACUCAGGAGUAAGUCUUGCUGUGUUCAGUGAGACCAAGGUCAUUUCCACACAGCAAUUUUUGGCGGAAAUGGUGCUGCAUAAAAGUAUCCACAUGAUGUCAUCCACAUCAGAAUUGCAUCUCAUAUUCCCCCCCCCCCAAUUUAAUAUGGACAGAUUUUUUGGGGGGGGUGUUACUUGUUGGAUUUUCCCGGACAUACCUGGAAUACUGUCAGAAGCAGUGUCUGGGUGGAAAUCAGCAAAAUAUCUGGGAUGUAUGGCAACGCAUAUCGGCAGUGCCAAAAAAAAAAGUCAACAAAAUAUGUGGCUGCCUUUGGAUUUGGACUGUGUCAUGUGGAUACUGUGCAAAACCACUAAGCAAGGGAAUGCAAAACCCAACCUCAAAAGGUCCAUUAAGGCACAAAAUUGGGUACAAUAAAUAUUAAUUUCUGACAAAACUGGAAAACUUAGGCUAGUGAAAAAUGUUUUUAGGAAACUCAUCAAUCAUAUCCACAGAAUUCUUGUGCGUAUAUGGUAUGCCUGGAUAUGUAUAGGGCAAUGCAGAAUAUGGUGUUUUACAUUUACCCAAAUAGCAAUAAUAGAUGAUGCCAAAUUCAAGCAAACUCAGUUUUAACAAAGCAAUAAAGCAACCCACAAUAAUUAAUACAAUAUUUCUGGCUACUCACAAUGCGUAUUUCUAGGGCAUUCUUCAGGUUUCUGGUUAUCAAAUGUCACCUAUCCACACUGAUUAAUACAGGCCCCAAUAACUCAGGUGUUACUCUAAGAUGUAAUUACUGACUGUGUAUUGUCAUCCUGAAAAGGCAGUAACAAAUAUCACCUGAUUCACCCCAAAACAUAUGCAGUACUUUUCAUUGGAAUCUAUCUGCAUCAAUGCACUAGAUUCUUGCUUGAAAGAAAGACCGAUUGAACACAAAGGCACUUCUGAGGGUAAGCAUGUGCUGGGCUGGGCAAUGAGGAUUCAUGCCGCUAUAGUUCCAUAUUGUUCCUCAUAUGCUUGUUAUGGAAUGCCAUCUUUUAUUCCUGCAGUGUUCUCACAAUUCCCUCCCCCCUUAAAAAACCCCCACAGCUACACACUCCAGGUAUCAACCAUCACAAUCCAGCACCUACAGCGAAGUGGGGACUGCUUUUUCCAUUCAAUAUGGCACAGGUAGCUUGACGGGAAUAAUUGGAAUGGAUCAAGUGACUGUGAGUAGAAGACCCACUUCUUUCUUUUAUGCUUCUCAAAGCCUUCUUAUCAUAUCCUGUUCUCCUUUGAGAUGAUGAAGUGUUACCUGGACAAGACAGGGCCACACAUGAACACCUUUUAGGGGCAGAGGGCAUCCUUGUUUUUCUCAGGGUUUCAAGUCCAGAACUCUUCCUAGCUCCAAAAGACCUGAUCUUAGAAGAUGCUCAGCACUCCUAGUUCAUAUAAAUCAGGAUGUUCAAAGAAAAUUACUACUAUGUCUUGGGCCUUAAGAGAUUCUCCUGUAAUACUUACUGCAUCUUGAGCAUAUGAAACUGCCUCACAUUGAUUGAGACAAUUAGUCUUUACAUCCCAGUAUGGUAUACUUUAAACUGGCACCAGCCCAGAGUGGCUGGGGCAACACAGUCAGAUGGGCAGGGUACAAUUAUUAUUAUUAUUAUUAUUAUUAUUAUUAUUAUUAUUAUUAGUCCAAGGCCUUGGUUGAGUCUGUGUAGUCAGGCAUCAACUCCAGUCUUUUCUCAUGUUUCCUUGUUAUAUCUUUCAUUGUACAUAAUUUCUGAAUUUUAAGUUUGGCUUUAAACUUUUUUUUUUACUAUUGUGUUUUGAUAUUAACAUUGUGUUUUAAUUGUUGUAACUAGCCCUAAAACAUUAAGAUGAAUGACAGGUAAUAAAUUUUAAUAAUAAUAAUAAUAUCCCAAAUGUUUCCUUCUCUCUGAACUUUACCUUCUGGGUUUCACCAUAACUGGUUUCUUACGUGACCAUAGGAUGAGAAAUAAUGUGUAGGACUUCUGCCCUCCAGGUUGAAGGAAUCACUGUAGCCAAUCAGCAGUUUGCAGAGAGUGUCAAUGAGCCUGGCAACACCUUUCUGGAUUCAGAAUUUGAUGGGAUCCUUGGUCUGGCCUACCCAUCCCUGGCGGUGGAUGGAGUCACCCCCGUCUUUGAUAAUAUGAUGGCUCAAAACUUGGUGAACUUGCCAAUAUUCUCUGUUUACCUGAACAGGUAUGAGAACAUGACCAACAAUACCAGUCACUGGCUUGUCUUUCAAGGCCAGCAUCUGCAUUAAAUAAAAUAAAUGAAAACUGAGACCAAAAGGCAAGCAGAUGGUGACUAUUUAUACAUGCAGAGAUUAAAAAGAUGCAGGGAAUUCAUGUGAAAUAUCAGUGGAGUAAAGUGGAAUUACACUGAUGGAAAGGCCCACAUCAAAGGAAAUCCCAAUUCUUUUCCAGGAACCCAGAUUCUUCUAUAGGAGGGGAACUGAUCUUUGGUGGCUUUGAUCCUUCCCAUUUUAGUGGAAGCCUCAACUGGAUUCCAGUCACUAAACAGGGAUACUGGCAGAUUCUACUGGAUAAGUAAGUGCCUCUUAUUUCUUGGUGUUGGCAUUCUCUGAAAUGACAGCACAGAAAAAGAUGGGAAAGUUUGUAGAGAGAAGGCUGUAAUGAAAAUCAGUAAUAUGCUUUCCUGACAUCAAUGUAGGCCAAAAUCCAGGGAACUGAGGGCAGUAUCCAACUAGCAUGCUCUGUCAUCACACAAGGAUAUCUGCUUGUGCAAUGGAAAUUCCCCACUUCUCUCCCCAUGGGUGCCUUGUGCCCUUCCCAAAUCUGCUCCGGAGGGUUGGGAGAACCCCCAGAACAGGUGGGGGAGGGGGGAGGGGGGAAGUUCUUUUGACAAGCAGAUAUCCUUGCACUGAUGGAAAGUGUUAUUAGACCAUUGCCUUGGGUGCAGAAAUUCCAGGCUACCUUCCCCAGUUAUGUAAAGGAGGCAACUGCUGCCUGUAGUUUUGAAGCUUAGUAGCUCAUUGCUUGGGUGAUAUCUAUUAGAGUCUUGGAAUUCCAAUAUGCAGCCAUGGGGGUCCUCCAGUCCAGACUGGGACCAUGAUGUGGUCCUUUCCCCUGUAACAUCCAAAGCUGCCAUUAGUCUCCAAAACAGAUAAAGACAAAAAUGGCAGCUUCAGGAGGUGAUUCUCAAUGGGAAGACAGAGCAAGAGAAAGGGUUAAAUCCCCUGCAUGCCAUACUCCUCAGAAUACAAAGAUGCAUUUGAAGCAUUAUCUUGUUUGUCUCUUAUGGAUCUUCUGAUCUUUACCAGCUGCCCAGGGCCUAGAUCAGGGGUCAGCAAACCUUUUCAGCAGGGGGUCAGUCCACUGUCCCUCAGACCUUGUUGGGGGGCAGACUAUAUAUUUUUUUGGGGGGGUGAACAAAUUCCUAUGCCCCAUAAAUAACCCAGAGAUGCAUUUUAAAUGAAAGCACACAUUCUACUCAUGUCAAAACACCAGGCAGGCCUCACAAAUAACCCAGAGAUGCAUUUCAAAUAAAAGGACACAUUCUACUCAUGUAAAAACACACUGAUUCCCGGACCGUCCGCGGGCCAGAUUGAGAAGGCGAUUGGGCCAGAUCCGGCCCCUGGGCCUUAGUUUGCCUACACAUGGCCUAGAUGGAUACAGCUGCAAAGAGUGAAAAGCCAAGAGGAAAAUGGCAGCCAUUAAAAAUGAAAAGAGUAUUCUGGUCUGUGGGAACAUGCCCACGCAGCUCCCGGAAUGAGACAGACCUCUCCAGGCAUCUUCCUGAUGAAGUGCAGCCUGGGACAUGCACACCAGCAACACAUAUCAAAAGACUAUGUGCACGCUCAUGGCAGAAACGCUCAUAGCAGAAACACUCAUAGCAGAAACGACGUGGAGUGUAGGUGUGUGCAUUCUAAGUAUUUAUUAAGCAAUAUAUACAGGACAAAGCAAUCAUGGCGUCCUUUCACUUCUUCUCCAAAAGAGAGAGAGUAAAGAAGUACAAAAGAACAGUACAAAUGGAAGAGAUAAGACUGGCUUCCAUUCUCACACUUUCCAAGCCUGGAAAGUAAACACAGACAUGUGAUAUAGCAGUCACACAUCCAGGAAAAGAGUAUUCUGGUCAGGUUACCAUAUAAUAAGAUAGGCAAUAAGGGCAGCAAUGCAGUUCUGCUGGAGCAGCAACCAUCCACACCCUUUAUUCAGGGCUGAUUUCAUUGUCCUUCUUUUCAGUGUUCAGGUGGGUGGAACAAUUGAAUUUUGUGCAGAAGGAUGCCAAGCUAUAGUGGACACAGGGACUUCUCUCAUCACAGGUCCUUCUAAAGAUAUAAAGGGAAUGCAGACAUUAAUUGGAGCAGUACCUAUGGAUGGGGAGGUAGGUUCUGAUUUGGAAAAGAAACUUACCACAGCAUCUCUGAUGGAGUGGCACACAUCUAGAGCAAGCUCUAUACUUCUGUUUUACUUUUCUCUGCACUUCUGUUUUACUUUUUGCUGGUUUUAGGGCCUCCUGGUCCUCCUUUGCUUUUCCUCCUUCAUCAUUAGGGAUUGGGGGAUUGGGAUUUGGCCCAGUUCACACUUAAAGGUAAAUUGACCUGAUUGGCACCUUCCAAAAGAGCAUGAAUCAGAAACACAGGCAUCCUUUUUUGAAUUCACACUUCUCUGAAUUUUGCAAUGCAGUUUUGCGACCUCAUGUUAUAUAUCGUCCCCCCUUGAGAAUGCUGCGGGUUACGAACUCUGCUAACCCAGAAGUAGAUGCUCCCGGUUGCAACCUUUGCCCCGGAUGCGAGCGGAAGUCACGCGCUGGCAGGAUGGCAGCAGCGGGAGGCUCCAUUACCGAAAGCAAGCCUCAUAUUACGAGCGGUUUCAGGUUACAAACGGACCUCCGGAAUGGAUUAAGUUUGUAACCGGAGGUAUCACUGUAAUGUGUAUGAAAAUGCACAUACUAGUAUAAAGUGUGCUUAUAAAUGCAUCUAUUAGUGAAAAUAACAUGCAAAGAUGCAUGAUAUUGGGGAAAACUGCUUUGCAAAAAUAUAUAUCUUAUACAAAUUACACAGAAAAAUGUGUAUGUUGGGGGAAAUCCUCACUAAAAUCUUGAUGGCUUUUCAUGAGGGCUAAUUAAUUUGUUAUUGUUUGUUUGCAAACUGAGAGAAACUGAAAUUGACUGAUCUGCCCAUCCGUAUUAAUACCCAUCUAGGUGUUUUGUUGUUGUUGUUUACUUUGUACUGCAUUUGACAUGCCACUUUAAGUACUCAUAAGGGGCCCCUGACCAUUAGGUCCAGUCAUGACCGACUCUGGGGUUGUGGCGCGCAUCUCGCUUUAUUGGCCUAGGGAGCCAGUGUUUGUUCGCAGACAGCGGGUCAUGUGGCCAGCAUGACUAAGCCGCUUCUGGCAAACCAGAGCAGCACACGGAAACGCCGUUUACCUUCCCGCCAGAGCGCUACCUAUUUAUCUACUUGCACUUUGACGUGCUUUCGAACUGCUAGGUUGGCAGGAGCAGGGACCGAGCAACGGGAGCUCACCCCGUCACGGGGAUUCGAACCGCCGACCUUCUCAUUGGCAAGUCCUAGGCUCUGUGGUUUAACCCACAGCGCCACCCGUGUCAAGUACUCAUAAGUGUCUGCUAAAUACAGUUUCCAAGCGAGGGUCUUUUUUUGGAGGAAGGAGAUGGUUUUUGCGGGUGAGUUCUCUGAAAUGACAGCCCAGAUGAAUUUAGGAAGUUCUUUGGGAGAAAGCUGUCAUGAAAAUCAGUCAGAUACGUGAAACUGAAAAUGGCCAAAACCCAGGGAAUCAUGCAGCUUGGUCUAAUAUUUCACAGCUGAAAAUAGGGAUAUGCUUGUAACCCCCUAAUUUUCAUAUUGAGGAUCACUUCAUGAGCCUCAUUCCUCCACUGCCACAUGCUGCUGAAAUACAGAUGGGGAGGAAAGGGGAUGUGUAACCUUUUCACUGACAGCAGUUUUUUCUGUUAUAACUUGUUACUUCCAAGCAUUUCCCCCCUUAUGCAGUUUGAAAUGUAUAUUUAUGAGGCAAUGCCUUUACAUGCACAUACCUUUAAAUGACCCAGUGCAAGAAAGAAUGCAUCCAAUUGUUUCUUCUCCUGUAUGCAGACUUCCCUUCCCAAAAUUGCAUAGCUAGAUUCUUUCGUUAGUUGGUUUUACUUCAAAAAUCUGUAUUUGGAACAUUGCAAGCAUCUCCAUUGUUUUGCAGUAUGCCAUGGAAUGCAGCAACCUGAACGUAAUGCCUACCGUUACUUUCACAAUCAAUGGGAUCCCUUACACUCUUUCCCCAGAGGCCUACACCCUCCAGGUAAGUCCUCUUUCUCUUGGGUCCUCUUCUGCAAGACUUGAAUGCCUGACGUUUGUGAGGAAGUCUGGGCUAGUUUUGUGAGAUCUUUCUUUAGCUCCACAUUGAGGAAAGAGGCACGAGAACAGUUCUUCUUUCGGAAUAAUAGUUUCCUCGUUAAGAAACUUUUCCAUGAACUCAGAUUCAGAAAAGUCUGUACAGGGAUCAUGCAUCAAAGAGGUCAAAACAAAACAGAACUGUGGCAGAACUCCUAGGGCUGCAUAGCUUGGAUUGUGUAAUGACAAUUGGUUACCUAUUAACCCUCUUUAAUUGAACUCUACAAUCAAAACAGUUUAAGAAGGGACGAAAGGGCCACAGCUUUCCAUGCAUGCUUGUUACUUAUAUGUCAAGGGGGAAUUUUAAUCUGUACAAGUAAAUGAUGAUACAUAAUAAUUCACAAGGUGUGGGCAUGUGCACACACAAUUAAGAGUGUGUGUUUGUGGCAAGGUGCCCUUGCCAUUGAAAGGAUGCAUAAGGAAGAUUGAGUUUGGAAGGCAACCCUAGCUCCCUUUGGAUCCUUUUAUCAGUGAUAGGGAAACCCCCUUCCUAGUGAAAGGAUACCAGGAGGAGCGUGAUUGGCUUGAAGGGUGUCAGAGGACACAGCAUGCAUUCUCUGAGUCCAGUUGCCUCACUUCUCUCUAGCUUAGGUAAAUGAAAUACAGCAAAACAAGCAGAACCCAAACUGAAGGAAAGAAAGCUCCAGGCAACUUACUUUCCUUUAUCCUGUCUAACUCCCAACCCAUGAGCAUGAGGACCUUGUGGGUUGUGUUGCAGAUAGGAACCAGAAGCUACCAGUAGGGUUUCAAACUGGCCAUCAGGAUUUGUCCUUGCCUUGUGGUGCUCUCAGUGCUUCCACUUUAUUUGCCUUUUAAAAAUAUAAAAUGGUAAAUACAGCCUGUAGCAAAGCAUUUUCAGUUCAAUGGAUGAAACUCCUAUUCUGUGUACAGAAUGUUGGCAUCCUGGAUUGGGAAUGAUUUGCUCCCUGAUAAGUUAAUAUUGUUUGCCCUCACAUCUAUAAUUGCUUCUUUCCCCAUUAGGAGAAUAGCGAUGGGAUGGCACUCUGCACCAGCGGAUUCCAGGGCUUAGACAUGCAACCCCCAGCUGGACCGCUCUGGAUUCUGGGCGAUGUUUUCAUUGGCCAAUACUACUCUGUCUUUGACCGUGGAAAUAACAGAGUGGGGUUGGCUCCUGCUGUCCUGUAAGACGCUUGGGAAGUAUGGGAGUCAACGCACCAGGCUCUAUUAUGUCACUUGAAGGUUUUCUUUUCUAUUUUUGAACAAACACUUUGAUCAAUACUAGAUUCAGAUUCUAGUGUCACAAUCACUGAUUGACCUGUUCGCAUGAGAUUCCCGUUCCCUUCCUUCUCAUGCAACAAAGAGAAAAUGAGACUGUGCCCUUAAUUACUUAAAUUGGCAUGCCUUUUUGCUUUGCUGUUGUUCUUCGGAUUUGUUACUGUAAAAGAAAGUGGAGGUAGGUAGUUAAUUUUUAACUGGCAGCAUUGUGUUCAUUACAUUGUAAGUUCUUGAACUGUUCAUAUCACUUUUUUCAAUAUUUCAAAAGGCACCUUAUAGUAAAGUUUUCACAAAAUGCAACUGUUUUUAAAUUUAUACAGAUAAACAAAAGACAGGGGAUUAAUUAACAAUUCUUUAAUCAACGGAGUCCCCUUAUAAAGUGCUUUCUGUCUUCCUGAAAUAAUACUUGGUUCCUGCAAUGCUGAUGUUAUCUAGGUGUUUUUCUGGAAAGGAAGAAUAAUACAGGGCUAGAUGAAGUAUCACAAUUCAACACCUAAUUUAAAUGGGUUGCAUUCACUGUAGCACUAAGGAGAACAUUCCAUAAGUUCAAAGAUUUCUUCUUGGGCAGUGGAAUGUUCUCCCCCUCUUCUCACUCUUAAUCUGCACCUUCUAAAUUUAUUUUGGGAAUUCCCCCAAUUCCCCCAAAGCAGAUUUGGGGGUGGUGUGUUCUGGGCUGAAGGGGAAGAAGAUGGGGCAAAGUCCUGCUGUGCUAGCACUAAUAUUUGCACUGCUGGAAAAAAUGUAGUUGAAUACCAACAGAUGGUUUUAAUUUUGCUACAUGGCAAGGAACAACUGGUCAACAUCAAUGUUUCUAACUUGGACUUUUGAGAAAUACUUUGGCUUCUAUAAACAUUUUAUUUACAUACAUACAUACAUACAUACAUACAUACAUUGAUAUCCUGCCUAUCUUCUCUCAUGGGACGCAUUCAUGCGGUUCACGGGCAGUCACCCAUUCAGAUACAGAUCAUCUCCUUAUUUGGAAGUAACAUGUCAGGCCCAGACCAGUUACUGGUGUUGCUGCUUCAGAUUCUGCUAUGAUUAUAAUGACUUUAAUGUUUUAGUUAAAAUACUGUGGUUUUUUCAUUAUUGAAUUUGGUUGGGGCCACCGUAUUUGCUCUGCAGGUAAUGAACUUAACAAAUAAAUGAAUAAAAUUGCCAAGAAGAAUUUUGUAGCAGUUUUAUUGUAAUUUAACUUGCGUCUUAGCACAUCUUUAAAACAUCUGAUGACAGCAAGGUAUGUUGGCCUAAAUAUAAAAGAACUGCUUGCUUGAUUAGUUACUUCAUAACAUUUCUACACCACUUGAUCUUAAAUUAAAAUUCCAAGUGGUUUACAAAAAAAUAUGUUUAAAAAUGCUAAUGUUCUUCAAGGGGCUAACUAGCGCCCAGGAUUGAAGAAUGCUAUUUCUCACAUUUCAAAGGCAGAAGAAAGAUAAGAUGGGAAUUUACUGUUAUAUUGCAGGAUGAUAUGCAGGAAAGAUGUAAGAUGUAAGAGUUUUGACACCUAAUUGCUUAACAAUAGGAACAACAAAUGGGCUUUAAAAAAAAUUUAGGCACUUAAAAUGAAGAAAGCUUGUGAAUGAGGACUUCCAGCUCAGUUCUAAAUGCUGAUCUACUAUUUUGCAUCUGACUCUAGCAGGUGGACUUUGAGGGCGUUAAUAUAUUUACUAGUGCGCGCAUCCCUGAUUUAUACAACAACUCCUAAGAGUUUGGUCUGAUGCUAAAGUCAAGGAUUACUCUUGUGUUAAGAAAGUGUACAUGACACAAAAGCAGGACGCAUCUUGGGAAUAUCACAGAAGGCAGCAGAUAAGGAACUAAGGCCCGAUGGAUAUGAAGCUGAAUGUGUAGCCUGCACUUUUGGCUUUGAUUCUAUUUAACUACAGGCAUUUCCUUUCCUUUGAAACUGGGACCAGAGGAAAGGCAGGCUUAUUGUUCCCCUGAUAACCCUAUCAGGUUGAAAAUCCACCUCACCGACUCCCAUGACAAUGAGGUAUACAGAAAGCUUCUGUUCAUGACAUGACAGGCUUGGAACACCAAUCCUUAUUUAAAGAGAUUUUGGGUGGCAUUUGACUAAAUUUUAUUCAGAGCAGACCUAUUGAAAUUAACAUGAUUAAGUUAGGCCCAUUAGUUUCAAGGUCUGCUAUGAGUAAGACUUAACUGACCCUUUUAUUGUUGCACAUCAUUAUGAGGCUAUAUUUAAUUUUCCCAAAGGAUUCCUUUUCCAGAAAUGGAUCAACAUAAGGCUCAGAUCUCAAUACUUUCAAGGACCACAUGUCCCGGCUUCAACUGAAAUACUAUUAGUAUAGCACUUCCACCCGAUGCCUCACCCCCAUCAGUGUACUGCCAGGCACUGUACUCAUCUUCUCUUUGUUAUCUUCACCAAAUGUUUUGUGCAGAUACCUGCUCACACAUGGUCUACCCCUUUAAAGACUGCAGUUCAGUUUCUGGGUGUACUUGAAAAAUCAUCCUUAAGCAAACUGAACUGCAACCUUCUGUGAGUUCUGCUCCAAUGGACAGGUACACUGUGUGCUCACAUGAGCAGUUAAAUACACAAGAGAGGAGCAGCUGGGGCCCUUCUAUGCUACAUAGAAUUUUGGAGUGCACCUCUCCAGUAAAGGCAGUGCCAGCAUUUGAGAGAGCAAAGCGUCUUUGGCUCAGCCAUGCUCCUGGGAGUGGGAGCAGGUCAUCUGUCCCUAACAACAUAUGGGAGGAAGAACAGUUAUUACAGAGGUAGCCCCACACAGAGUACAUUGCAGUAGUCCAAGCAGGAGAUAACCAGGGCAUGUACCACUCUAGUGAGACAGUCUGCAGGCCCGUAGGGUCUCAGCCUGCGUACCAGAUGGAGCUGGUAGACAGCUGCCCUGGACACAGAAUUAACCUGUACCUCCAUGGACAACUGUGAGUCCAAAAUGACUCCCAGGCUGCGCACCUGGUCCUUUAGUGGCACAGUUACACCAUUUGGGAAAAGGGAGUCCCCCACAGCUGCCCAUCCUCUGUCCCCCAGAAACAAUAACUUCUAUCUUGUCAGGAUUUGACCUCAAUCCAUUAGCCGUCAUCCAUCCUUCCACUGCCUCUAGACACACAGGACAUUCACUGUCUUCACUGGGAAGUGAAGCUGAAUGUUACUGGGAAACAGAAGUGAGUUUAUUGCAAAUCACUUCUGGUUCUGUCCUUAAGAACAUCAGAAGCUCAAAGAGGAAGCGAGAUUGAAGGAUUUCAUGACUCUUCAGUAAUCCUCACGUCAAAACAUAUAACUACUGUGAUUCACAGCUGCAAUCUGCCUCUUCAGCAACCUAUAGCAGAUCAUGCAAUUUCAUAGUCAAAGAGCCAAUUCAGAAGUUUUUUAAAAAAAACACACACACAUAGAUAACAAUGGUAAAGAGGUGAUGGGUUUUGUUUCAGUUUUUUCUUUGUUUCAACACUUUAUUUCAAAAACUCUCUACAGGGAACUUGGGUGCUAGGCCAGAUUCCAGCUGUCUGAUACACUAGAAAGUUUAACAAGCAAUGUCCCCCACCUACAUUCUGAAGUGGUACAGUCAAGGAAGGUCUGUAACAUGUUUCUUCUGCAUGUUUGUAUCAGCUCAUAACCCGUAUACAUAAUACCACUGAUAUCUCCUUCAGCAUAAUACUUUUCAAAGGAAGAAAUCUACAUGUUUACCUGCCUGCAAGUUAUCAAUGCAGAUGCAGUAUAAUAUAAUUAUUUUUAUACUGAUCUCCCCUUUAAAAAAUAACUAAAAUGCAACAGAUAUAGAAAUGGGGUGAGCUGAACGUAAGACUGGAAAACUGAGAAAAACUGAAAGUGACUGAUUUGUUCACCAUGUCUCUGAAAUCUUGGAGAGCUGCUGCCAAUCAGUGUAAACCAGUCUUUCCUAACCUGCUCCAGAUGUUGUCACACUACAGCUCCCAUCAUCCCUGGCUAUUGGCCAUGCUGACAUGGUCUGAGGGGAGCUGGAGUCCAGGGUAGGGAAAGCUGAUGCAGACAAUAACGAUCCGGCCAUGCCAAUUAUCUGACUCAAUAUAAGGGAGUUUCCUGUUCCCACGUGUUCAAAUAACAAAUGAAAUUUAGUUGUAAUUCCUGCAUUGGACUCUAACUCCCAUCAGCCCUAGCCAACAGGGUGAAUGGUCAAGGAGGAUGGGAGCUUUAGUCCACAACACCUGGAGAGCCAUAGGAAAUCAGUUCCUGAUCAACAUCCAGUAUACUACUUUCCUCUUUUAACAUCCUAUAUUGAGUUCAUCAUCAAUAAAAUGGAAACCAAACCUCAGCCUUGUCUCAGGUAUUUUAAGGACAAAUACAAUCCAAAUUAGGUUCCCAGAAGCAGUAUCAUUAAAAAGCGAGAUGAGCUUAUAGAUAGAAAUAUUUGUUUUAGAAGUCUUGUGAAUUUUAGGCCAACCUUAUGAUUUUGCAGUUCUGACUCAUAAAUUGCUUUGCUCAUUUUUACUGCUGGGGUUUCUUGGUAUGAGAGUCACAUGCCAGCACUAUGCUUACUUUACUCUUUAUAUCCCCGCAAGCUGAAAGUCAAUAAACAAGCAAAUCUACUUUGCUGUGUCUCCCAAAGAUUGUGUCAUUGUAAUUUAUAAUCAGGAAAACUUCUGCAGGCCCCUGCUGAUUGAGCAAGACAGCUAUAAAAGGAAAUGUAAUCAGGAAGUUGAAGGAUUCAACAAGAGGCAAAUUUAUUGACAGCUGUGUAUGACACAGAUAUUCCCCCAUCCUGCUAACUGGAAGAUCUGUAGAAAAGUUUAUUUGCAUUGUUUAUUGAAGAAUGGGAAGAAUUUUUCUUCCUACAAUUUUAUAGCAACGCUUCAGGUAUUCAUCACCCAGAGGUCAUGUGUUCAAUGUUUCUGUCCUUGAAUCAAUUUCCAGGUAAAGGAAGCUGGCAAAAUAUGUACGUAAAUAAAAGAGAGUUUUCCAAAGGUUCACAACUAUGGGAGAGGUGUCUUGGAACAUGGUAGGUGUAAAGGAAUCUGCUUACGUUUCUGUUAGUAAUCAAGUGCCUCAGGCAUGAAGCCAGUCCUUUCUUCAGUAAGCACUGAAGUAGAUACCUGCAGAACUUGUUUGUUAUCUACUGUUAUUAGAAUCUGUGUUUAUGGCUGCCAACCAACCAAAAAAUGUGCAGAAAUCAGCAGAUGGAGCUUUUCAUGGCACAAAGCUAAAAGUGACCAUCUUGUUGCUUAGUCUAUUUCCUAUAUCACUGAAGAACCACAUUGGUUCUCAGAUAUAUGGGCUAAUACCUCAGUAUCCGACCUCUGAGAAUGCGCCUGUUCUUCUAAAGUUAUGCAGAAUUAACAGGACUGGAACAAAAUGUACACUGCAAGAGAGCAGUAUUUUGGGAGUAACAGCGGCAAAAACAGAGUGAAAGGGAUUUCUCCUCUUCCCAAAUGUCAAGCCGAUCCAGUGCCUCCUGGUGCCACCUUCAGGGGAAGAGCCAUAGCUCAGUGGCAGAGCUCAUUCUUUGCAUUCAUAAAGUCCCAGUUCAGUUCCUGUCACAUGCAGACAGGAUAGAUCCAGGCUGCCAGUCAGUGAGGGUGAGGAUGAACUAAAUGGAACAGUUAGCAUCCUAUGGUCCUGUGGCCAUUGGGGUUAUCAGCUACUUAUUAAAGCAAAACAAAAAGCAGGUCUGGCAAUGGUGGAAACUGUAAACUGGAUCUCUUCUGAAAAUUAGGAAAUGCAAUGCUAGAGUGUCAGGGCAGGAGUCAGACACCCACCACUCAAAAGAGCUGUGGAGUUUUAUUUUUAAAAGACAGCUUUUCCACUGUACAGUGGGAAAAACCCAGAAGAAACAUGGGAGGAUUACAAAAGGAGGUGAUAGCAUCUGGACACCCCUGUCUCACCUCUAAUAAAUGUGAAUGAAUGAACUAUGGCUAUACUACAAUAAAUGACCCAUCUGGAAGCACCCCAAGAAUGAUGAAGUAUGGUUCACUUCAAGGUCUACUGUUUGCAGACUUGAGGAACGAGCAGGUGAAAAAAACAAAACUGAACGAUUAAAAAAAAAUGAAGUAUUAUAAGGACUAACACCCAGGAGAAGCGAACCUAACCUGUGUGUGGACUGAACCACUCCACGCUCAAAUCCAUUUACACCAGAAAGUAGCGCAUACUGUUCUUUUGCGGCAUCUCCCCCCCCCCCCCCGCUCACUUUUCUUACUGCAUUCUUAGCUUAUGCAGUCACCGCUGGACAAUUUCCAAGCUGGAUCCUUAACCAUACUUAAUACCAAGAAAGCUCCAGAGAGUGGGAAAAACUUCCGAGCAAACUUGCUUACUUCCCUAUGCUUUGCACUCUGCAGACUUUGGUGCGCGUCUCUCAAACUCUCAACCCUCUUGCAAACUCUUGUCAUGUUUGGACGGCCUCUUUCUGCCUCAGCCCUCCCACUGGGGUGGGGGCUGGGAGGAAAGAGAAACGGGAGAAAAAGAAGACCCACGCUCGAGGGAUCUGCGGUGGGAAGGAAUCCUGCUCUGAACUCCUUCUGUCCUUUCUUCAACCCCCCUCCCCAAAGGCGUUUCUUCUGCGCGCUCUCGGGAGGCGCCGCGAGGAGUUUGCACGGGCAGCAGACCUCGCAGCUCUGCAAAAAAGCCGGGUCACGCCGGAGGAGGAAGACCAGUAAGUCCCCUUUCUUGUUGUCCUCUAUUUAUGUAAGCCUCCUUUCGAAACGGUUCGCCUGCAAACGGAGCAAGCGUGUGGCAGAUGGCAGGAGAUCCACUGGGAUCCACAAGUUAAGUGCCCAGCUGCUGCGCAGGCGGAUUCAUUUGCAACGCCGAACUUGAAGCACAAAGAAGGGGCGAGAUUCGUGCCUGAGCAGGCAGAGAGAGAACCGGCUCAGAGCUGGGUGAACUUCGCUAAGAAGUUGACGGAGGAGAUCUAGGGAGGUUGCAUGGGGAGAUCUACCCCAGCAUGUGGAAUAGGUGAUCGGGCGAAGAAAGAGCGGCUGUCUCUUCUCCCGUUUCUCCACCGCUCACAGCAGAAAAAUCCUUAGACGUGGAGCAGAGGGGGAAGUAUUAGGUUCCACUGAAGCACUCCUUCGUGCCUGGGACAACUGCUUUUGGAAGAUCUCAUUCUUUGUGACUCACCGAAUAAAGGGGAAUUGAACAGGGCUGGGCCUGCUGCUCAUGCGAGCUGCAUCUUAACAACAAAGGAUAGUUUUAAGGCGAGGGUGGGGGAACAACACUAGGGGGAAAUGUAGGGAUCUGAGCCCAGCGGUCAACUUUCACAUCUGGCGUUCUGGGCAGGAGCUGGGCUGCCUCUCAGCCAGUGCAGCACAAUGGGCGAAAUAGGCCCAAGGCUAUUUCCAGGCACUGUCUGGGUGCAUAUGGAGUCACAAAUAAAGCCACAGGAGGGUGGCACACAUAAUAUGCCCCGGGACUUAUGAUGAGAAAGUGCGGGCUGCAAGAGCAAGUGAUCAUUGUUCCAUUUAAUAAGGGACAUGGGCAGUGGCGUAGCAAGGUCAGGUGGUGCCCGGUGUGGAAAAUUUAUUGUCACCCCCCCACACACACACUGAAAUGAUUAAAAAAAGGAAAAAUAAGAUUCUUAUCUGUGGCAUAGUUAAGGCAUUUGCUUUCAGAAAAAGAAGUGAUUUUGGGUUGCCAGGUUUCGUUUUGCUGUUUCUGCGACUUUCACCAAAGCUACAUAACAACUGAGGCUAAAAGACUAAUUAAACUGAGGUGUCAAGACUAAUUAAAUUUCAUGGUGCUUCUGACAAGGCAUGUCUUGGAUUGCGCCAUAGGCAAGUUAAGCUUUUCCAACCACACCUCUGUGCCAGGGAAACCAAUUGCCUGAUUCAUACCUGUGUGUCAUGUGGCUGUGUUAAAGGCAGUCAGUGCGAAAGGGAAAAAAGAAAGAAAGAGAAACUGGCAUUGUUCAUUGCUUUCUUUGAAACAAACACUGUGCGUGAACAGUGGCAUUUAUCCCCAUUUUACAGAUGUGGGAACUUAAAAAAGUUAGUGGAAAUUUGUUGUCCAGGAAGCCAUAGCUGUGAAAUUAGGGAAAGAGCAAACAAUUCAAGCAGGAGAGAUAGGGAGGGAAGACAGGGUUCCAGAUUGCAAAAGAGCAUGGAGCACCUGCACCUUUGAUAAAUCCAUCUUCUCUAUAGUUAUUAAAGGUGCAAGAGCCCCGUCUUCUUUUCCAUCCUAACGGCAAGAUAUAUCUUGGCAUGAGAAGCCUAAUGGAGAAGCACAGGUACAAAUGCACUGCUGGAAAGAGGAAGCCUAUUCUGUCUGCUGCUACAGAGCCCCCCAUGUCACUCAACCCAAGGGGGAAGGUUGGCCUGUAUAUGCGGCCAGCACAGCAUAAUCAUAAACAGUACAAUAUAUUACUGCUGAAAUUAGAAUCCCAUGUUUCUCCUGGCAAGGCUGCUGUUCCUUUUAUAGCGGCAUAUAUAAUAGAAACACGGGAUGCUGCCUUAUAAAGAGUCGGACCAUUGGCCCAUCUUGCUCAGCAAUAUUCCUGACAGCAGUACUCCAUGAUUUCAGCCAAGGGGACAUUUCCAGGCCUACCUCGAAAGGCCAGUGAUUCAACCUGGGACCUUCUGAAUGCAGAGUCGGGGCUCUACCACUAAGCUACAGCCUUCCUCUGACACAACACAUAAUGAUACAUGAUUAGAUCACUGUGUAGCCAUAUCAGCAAAAGCCAUCUCAUUUCUGCCUGUUGUGCAGGUGUUUGGGCAUACACAAAAAGCUGGCCAUAUAAACACACUCACGUGUGUAUAAGCACACAAAGGAAAAAAGACUAUAGAUAAAAUCUCUGUAGCUUUGGUAUCUCUCAUGCAGGUAUGAAGAUCUUAACAGACAGGGCCCUUCUCAGCUGACACCUGCACAACAUAAACAUACAGAGAUGGCUUUCGUUUCUUUCAUUCUUUGUAUUUCAUCCCCCACCCCACCUGUUUCCCUUUUGGAAACAGAGAAUAACAGGUGCAGCUUUUCCUAGCAUGGCAAUGCAGCACUGGUGAAACCUUCACCUAUUGUACUUCUGUACAUUUUUUAAUUGCAUUUAUAUAUCUCCUGUUUCUUCUCCAAAGAGCUCAAGGUGACGUACAUGGUUCUCUUCCCCCUCAUUUAAUCCCCACAACAGCCCUGUGAGGUAAGUUAGGCUGAGAAGCAGUGACUGACCUUGGGAUUCAAAACCUGGUCUCCCAGGUCCUAGUCCAAUACUCUAACCGCUAUACCACACGGUCUCUUCCGAACAUCAUUUUGACAUUGCUAGGAUGUAAUUACAUACUGAAUGCAAAUUUCUGUAACUGGGCUGAAGUCUUAACAACAUCUGGAGAGCCACAGGUACUCAUCAUUGCACUAAACCCAGAAUUUGUAACUUUUUUCAGUCAAAACGUGCACAGCUGCAGGUGCAAUGGAAUUCUGGCAGAUGUAAUAUAUAUUGUCAGAAGUUGCAAAAAAAUCUUUCUGGAUGGAAGUACUGAACAUUAUACAAAUAAGCACAGGUUGUGCUCUCCUAGGUAACCCUAAACCAACUCUUCUUCUGGUAGUGUGCUCUGAGAGCAUUAAUACUGACUUACAGCUUAUUACUUCACUGUUAACGACAGCAAAACUGUGUUGCACAAAAAUGGAAAAAUAAAGAUCCCUCUACCAUAACCGGCUAAUGAAAACCUGACAAACUAUAGUAAUGAUGAAAAAUGCAAUUCAUAAUAAUCAAGAAAACAAACUUAUUGAGAAAUGGGUUUUGGUUUAACAUAUCUGGAAUAAAUGAUAUAUUUCCUUUUAAUCUAUCCAUGACACUGUAUUGUCAUGAAUAUAUGUUAUAUUAUCCUCCCCCCAACAAAUGCCAGUUUCUUUCUUUUCAAUUCUGUUUUAUUUUUAUUUUUUUAGUAAGCAAGGUUGUCUGUUGUAUAAAUAGAUCUGCCAACGAAUUGUAACUGCAUAACUAUUAUUAUUACUAUUAAAGCUGGGGGAGAGAGAUAGUAUCCCUACAUGGAACUGGCCUAAAUGAAAGGGAGAAGCAUGCCAGAGACAAAAGGAGUUUGUAUCCAGUUCUAUGUAAAUCCCAUUGGUAACAAUUGUGACCUUGUGGGAAGGCUGAAUCUACCCACGUAACAAAUGACUGGGUUGUCAUUGCCAAACAUUGUCUGGAGCAGAAGUGGUGGGUGAAAUUUGAGCAAUGUCAUGGGUUGCUGUAGCAGUUAUAUUUGGAAAAAUAGCCCUGUGAGGUGGUGACGAGGAUGAUGAUUUCUUCAUAAUGAAAUAAUAGCACAGUUCCCUGCUGCCAUUAUGGGUCUUCCUUCUUUUGAAAUCCAAAGUGAGUCAGCUGCUUGUGUUUGGAAGAUCUCACUCAUCAUAAGAUUGGCAAUUUGGUGGGCUCCUAAGCCUGUGUUGUGCUUAUGAUGGUCUAAGGCAGGGCUGGAGAACCUGUGUCCCUCCAGUCGUUACUGGGCUUCCAUCUGCCCCAGAAGUAGCUGACAGUCAGCUAGAAUGGAAGUUAUAGUGCAGCAAUAUGUGGAGGUCACAGGUUUUCCCCUCCUGAACUAGGGUAGAUGGCUAACAGAGUUUCACUUUAAGUCCAUGUGACAUUCACUGCAAAUCCUGGAUGUGUGGGGUUACCUAUGCCCUUGCUUGCUCCAGCGCUUCCUUCUUGCAGCCCACUAGAUCCUUAGCACUGUGAUAUUGUUGCUGCUAGCUGGCGCUCUCAGGGCCUAGCAAAAUGUCAACCUAGAGCCAUCAUGCUGCUGCUGCUGUUGUUGUUUAGUUGUUUAGUCGUGUCCAACUCUUCGUGACCCCAUGGACCAGAGCACGCCAGGCACUCCUGUCUUCCACUGCCUCCCACAGUUUGGUCAGACUCAUGCUGGUAGCUUCGAGAACACUGUCCAACCAUCUCGUCCUCUGUCGUCCCCUUCUCCUUGUGCCCUCCAUCUUUCCCAACAUCAGGGUCUUUUCCAGGGAGCUUUCUCUUCUCAUGAGGUGGCCAAAGUAUUGGAGUCUCAGCUUCACGAUCUGUCCUUCCAAUCAUGCUGCUACCAGCCUGCAUUUGAUUUCCCCUAUAAUCUACAGUGUAAAAUUGGAAGGGAAACCGCAUGACAUGACAUCACACCCAACCCUUUACAAUCAGAACCCAAUGAAUUAGUGGGAAGGGCAGGGAGAGCAUGAUAUGACAUGGCGGUUGUUGCUUGUUGUUUUUUUUUAAGAAAACCCCAAAGUUCCAAGGGAGAUGUGAGUCACCGCCAGCCACAGUUGUCUUUGCAGGCUUUUACUACACAGAUUUAGUGGUGGAGAAGGUGCCUGAGAGAGGGGUGCGGUUGCUGCAUUGAGAAAACAGCUGGAUGCCCUGAAGGUCUUUUUGUGAAAAAGAAAAUCUGAGAAUUAGUGCAGGCAAGUCAGAAACCUUUAGGUCAUUUCUCCCAUUCCUACAUGCUUGAAAGGGCCUGUAUUCAAUGUAGUGCUCAGUAACUGUCAUGCUUGUGCAAGGAUUUAUACUUGUACAACAGGACUUUUCCUCCCUCUCCUCCCCUUGCGUGCCUCCAAAUUUGUUCUGAGUUUCUCCCCAAACCUCUGGAGCAGAUUUGGGAAGGGUAUGGGCCUGGGGCAUGUGGGGGAGGGGAGAAGAGGGCAAGAACCAGGCAGAGGGUCUUCUCGGUCAUCCGCCCUGUGGAAUGCCCUCCCAUCAGAUGUCAAGGAAAUAAACAACUAUCUGACUUUUAGAAGACAUCUUUUAGAAGGCAGCCCUGUUUAGGGAAGUUUUUAAAGUUUGAUGUUUUAUUGUGUUUUUAGUAUUCUGUUGGGAGCUGCCCAGAGUGGCUGGGGAAACCCACCCAGAUGGGAGGGAUAUAAAUAAAUUAGUAGUAGUAGCAGUAAUUUAUCCGUUCCAGAAGUCAGUUCCAAAACCAAAGCAUCCCAAAACCAAGGUGCACUUUCCCAUAGAAAGUAAUGCAAAAUGGAUUAAUCCAUUCCAGACUUUUAAAAACAACCCCUAAAACAGCAAUUUAAUAUGAAUUUUACUAUCUUGCAAGAUAGUAUUAUUGAUCCAUAAAAUGAAAGCAGUAAACAAUGUACUGUACUAUAAAAUAAAUAAAACAGUAUUGUAGAUGAUUAAAAAGUAAAAAAAAAAAAAUCUUAUCUGCACAGAUGAUAGUCAUUGUUUGGAUGGGGGCUUUUAUCCAUUUCCUCAGUCACACAAUCAAUCAAUCAAUCAAUCAAUCAAUCAAUCAAUCAGUAGCUUAACUGGGAUCCACACAGUCACAAAAACAAAUUAACUGAAAAAGCCUCAAAACAAAAAACACAAAAUAAAUAGCAAAGACAAAAGCACCAAAUAUAAGCUCCAAAUAUCACCUCAGAUCACUGCAAUCGGAAAUGGAAGGCUUGAAUUAUAGGGGGGGCCGCAAAUUAGCAGCGCAACAGGAAACACAGGGGGACUCAAAACGGAGCACGUUUGGCUUCCAAAAAAAAGAUCGAAAACUGGAUCACCUACUUCCAAUUUUGCAGUGUUCGGGUUCCAAGUUGUUCAUGAACUAAGCUGUUCGAAAAACUGAGGUAGCAGAUGGUUACUUAGCUCUACAUUGUAUACAAGCCAUUGUUCCCAAACCCUUCCACAAAGUGAAAAUACUCCACUCACUUGUUAUCUCUAAUGCCUCUUUAUUGGGGCUUUAAAUUUCCUCCCUUGUUUCAGAGAAAACACAAAAUAGAGCCUUGGGCAACAGGCAGACAAAUAGAAGUUCAUGCCAUGGAUAGAAGACUGUGCAGUUUUUGACAGCAGCAGUGAUGCACCCAGAGAGAAAGGCUUUGCUCAGUGAUGCUGAGUGGGGUGUCUCUUGCCUGCAGCACCAACACUAAUAGGCUUGUUCAGAGCCAUUUUCGUGUCAACAGUCUCCUUGUCAACUGUAUGUGAAAGAUGCUCCCGGUCCCUUCUCCUUUCACCGCUGCAGAAAGUACUGCAUAAAUGUGGGAAUUAUUGGAGGGAGGAGGAGGGCAGAUGCGAACAAAGACACAAAUGCACAGUACUUAUGCUCCCCUCAUGGGUGGCUUACAACAUAAAUAUAAAUAAUUACAAUACACAUUUUAAAAACUGCAAAAUAUAAAGCUCCAUAAAACUGGAAAGCUAAAACAGUGGCAAGUCAACAAAACUUUUUUUUAACACAAAUUUUAUUCAGAUUUUAUGAUAGAUGCCAGAAGGCCUGGGAAAAUGAGAAGGGACUGGAAUAGGCAUCAUGUAGGAGCCAGGUGAGUCUCCCAAGGGAGAGCAUUCUAGAGCUGAGAUGCCACCUUGGAAAAAGCUCCACACCUCACUUGGUGGGGACACUAGGAUAAUUUACUGGGGUUUGUGAAUCUAGAAAACCUGUUAGGCAUAUUUUUAUUUUAUUUUAAAAAUGGACCCAAGUCUCAAGGGACAGUCUCAAUCAAAGAGUCUCAUCCAAGGAGAAGCAAGGAUGCUUCAUUUACAGUGACACAAAAGGCAGUUGACCAGUCGGAUACCUGGAGUUCUUUGCUGGCUUUUGGUAUCCUGAGUAUGGAGCAUUUAUAGCAUUGUGAUGAUUCAGGAUACAAGAUGUUGACGAAUGUCUUUUUUCUUCCUUCCCUUUAGGCUCCAUUUAUGAAUUCAACUAAGAGAGUGGAUUUGAAACUAAUAAUUAUUGGCACUUUAGGGUAAGCAGUUUUCUUUGCUUUUGGAAUUUGAAAAGGCAGUUUGAAGAGAUGUUCUACUUCUGCACAUAAGCACUGGAAUAGUGUUGUUGUUUUUUAACACCUUGGGUUGAUGAUAAUACUGUUCAUUUUGUUAUGUUGAUUUUAAUUAUAUUUUUUCACCCUCCAAGAAGCCAAGGAGAGCAUUUGGUUCUCCCACUCCCAUUUUAUCCUCCCAAUGACUCGGGGAGGUGGGCUAGGCUGAGAGUUGGCAAAUGGUCCAGGCCACCCAUUACUUAGCGUGGAUUUGAAUUUGGAAGUCCUAUGUUGGCUUUCCCAGCUAGAAAUGUUACAACACUUUGUGGCAUUUUUAAUCCCUAUCUUUAGAGACCUCUACCAAUUUGACAAUGACAGUGAUUUCCUGGCCUUCAACAGUGGAGCUCACUAAGUUCUGGGAGAUAACUAUCAUAACCAUAUCAUAACAGCAAUCAUGCCGUGUUAUAUUGUUGUGAGAAAUACCUCUCAGAAAUCUUAUCAGAAGAGUCAUUACAAUGGUUAUCAAGUUUAGGAAAAAGGUAUAUGCACCGUAGUUGUCCUAUUGGGAGAAAAUAUCAGAUCAAAGCACACGGCUCAGCCCCUCAUAGAGCAGAAAAUUGAAUUUCUACUUGCUGGUUUUAAGAGAAAUAGCACAGCACAAGUGUCCAUCUUCGCUAUUGUUCUGGUCUAAUUGCACUAGAAAUGUACUGAUGAUGAUACAAUAUGAGGGAUUGUCAACAGGACGAAGAUUGAGACAAGCCAAUUUUCUUAAUUUUACAGAUGAAUUUUUUUAACUGUUUACCAUAUCAAACAUCAGGGCUCCCAUACUUUCCCCUACACAUAGGCCAAUGAUAGAGAUGAUGGGAGUUACAGUCCAGCAACAUCUGGAGGGUCACAGGUUCCAACAGUCUUCCCCUAGACAGUCAUAUUUUUAGAUAGUUAAGUCCAGAAAAAGAAGAGAAUGGGGGGAAAUGCAGGCUAAAGAAAAUUAUACUCUGGAGAGUUAAGAUCAGCCUGCAGAACAGACUACAAAAAUCAAUAGAUGCAGCACUGAGACAAUGACACAAUGCCAGCAUUGAGCACAAAGACUAAUUGAACAGUGUUUUAUUAUAUCUUGUAGUCAUAAGUCUUUGGUUUGAACAGGGGAUAUAUUAGCGACUCCCUCCAGUUUCAUCUGUUCAGGUGAAGCAGACCAUCAGUGGUCAUCUUCACCUAGUUCUGGCCUGCAGCCCACACUCCCAAAAAAUAAUAAUACUUUGCAUCUUUUGUUUUUUUAAAAGACUUUUAUCCCAAGUAUUUUACAGAAGAGAUUCAAGGCAUUCAGGAAUCAAGCAGACAAGUAGUAAACAUAGAACAAUCUACAAUUCAACCAAAUGUUAAAUUAAACUUUUAGCAUAAAAAUCAGGAAACUGUUAGAAAGCAGUCAUCAGAAUUAAUUCAUCGUAUGUGUUUCUUACUUCACCCUAGUGUAGGGAAGACCUCUCUCCUCCAUCGGUAUGUUCACAAGAAGUUUUACGAAGACUACCGAACCACUCUGGGAGCUAGUAUCCUGACUAAAAUGGUAGUUGUGGACAGCAGCCCGCUGAAAUUGCAGGUGAGAGAUACCUUGAAGUAGAAGUGCUUGGUUUUACACACAUCUAGCAGUGCUAGAGAUGCAGGUGGUGUUGUGGGUUAAACCACAGAGCCUAGGACUUGCCGAUCAGAAGGUCGGCGGUUCGAAUCCCCACGACAGGGUGAGCUCCUGUUGCUCGGUCCCUGCUCCUGCCCACCUAGCAGUUCGAAAGCACGUCAAAGUGCAAGUAGAUGAAUAGGUACUUCUCCGGCGGGAAGGUAAAUGGCGUUUCCGUGCGCUGCUCUGGUUCGCCAGAAGCGGCUUAGUCAUGCUGGCCACAUGACACGGAAGAUGUACACCGGCUUCCUCGGCCAAUAAAGCGAGAUGAGCGCUGCAACCCCAGAGUCGGUCAUGACUGGACCUAAUGGUCAGGGGUCCCUUUACCCUUUACUUUAGUAGUGCUCAGAAAUGGCAGGUGCUGUAUGCUCCUUUUGAUUGAUUGAUUAAUUGAUUGAUUAAAAAGAUUCCUAUACCGCAUUUCAGCAGAGCUUCCAGGGUAGUUUACAAAGAAGAUUAUACACAAAUAAAAUACAAAUAACAAAUUAAAAUAUCCAAGAAUACAUAAAAUAAUAAUAAUAAUAAUAAAUAAUAAUAAAUUUUAUUUAUACCCCGCCCUCCCUAGCCGAAGCUGGGUUCAGGGCGGCUAACAACAAUCAAAAUAAUCCAACAUUCUAAAAACCUUUCAAUUAUAAAAAUUAAUUAAAAUCAAAUUGAUGGCAACCAUUAAGCAAAAUUCUGUGCAGAUUGCCAGAGGAGGGGGUCAGGCUGCGCCCUGACCAAAGGCCUGGUGGAACAGCUCUGCCUUACAGGCCCUGCGGAAAGAUGUCAGGUCCCGCAGGGCCCUAGUCUCUUGUGACAGAGCGUUCCACCAGAUUGGAGCCGCUGCCGAGAAAGCCCUGGCUCUAGUUGAGGCCAGCCUAACCUCUCUGAGGCCUGGGAUCUUCAGGAUGUUUUUAUUUGCAGACUGUAAGUUCUUCUGUGGGACAUACCAGGAGAGGCGGUCCCGUAAAAAAACCCGGGGAAUUAAAAAUGUCUUCACCUGGUGCAAGGCAGGCCUUUCUGCAGGAGGAAUUCCACAAACAGGGCACCAGCGCACUCUUGGGUCACCACCUCUGAGUACUUCACAAGGAUUGAUUUUGUAGAUACUUAACAAUUCAUCCUUCAUGGGUGUCCCGGGGGUGGGAGUGACAUUAUAUGUAGUGUAAUAGAAUUAAGCCAUAUAAUACAUUGGAUUUAAAUGGGAGGGAUAUCAUCUUACACACCCAAUGGCCUGUCCAAAAAAAAAUGUAUACAGUGUGAUGCCAAAAUGUACAGUGGUACCUUGGGUUACAUACACUUCAGGUUACAUACGCUUCAGGUUACAGACUCCGCUAACCCAGAAAUAGUACCUCUGGUUAAGAACUUUGCUUCAGGAUGAGAACAGAAAUCAUGCUCCGGCGGCCCAGCGGCAGCAGGAGGCCCCAUUAGCUAAAGUGGUGCUUCAGGUUAAGAACAGACCUCUGGAAUGAAUUAAGUACUUAACCUGAGGUACCACUGUAUACAGUGACAAGACCAGAUGCCCCUUGGAGGACAGAGUAUUCCAUAAUCUGGGGGCCACCACAGAAAUGGCUCUGUCACAGACAGACCAUGAACUUUACAGAGUGGUGGAAGUGCCAGAUCUAUGCAGGAGGGAGCUCUCUGUCAGAUAUUUGGGGCCCAAGCCAUUUAGGGCUUGAUAAUGCUAGUAUUGCUCUGUGCCAUUUUGUAACAGUUUUAUGUCUUUUAAAAUUGCAGUGGUCCACAGCGGGGGAAAGUUUGGGAAACACUGAGCUGGAAGAACCUGUCAUUGUGCAUGAAAGUAUCUGUAGCAGUUCAGAGGUUGCUAACGCUAAUGCCUGUAUGUUCGUCCUCCUUUCAGAUUUGGGAUACUGGAGGGCAGGAACGAUUCCGGUCCAUGGUAUCCACAUUCUACAAAGGCUCCGAUGGCUGCAUGCUGGCCUUUGACGUCACGGACAUGGAUUCCUUCCAGUCCUUGGAUGACUGGAGAGAAGACUUCCUACAGAGGGUGGUUCCAAUGGAGCAAGGCUUCCCUAUGGUUGUGCUGGGGAAUAAAAUUGAUCUGAAGGACCGACAGGUAGGAGAAGGAAUUGUGAGGGAGCAGGGCUAAGCUAGAGCUCUCAAUGUAUUUUAAAACUCUUUGUAUCAAGACUGGAGAGGAGAAUUCCUUAUGCUAGAGAAUGGCGUGAAAAGAAUGCCCAGUCAGUGAGAGGUUGAUCCAGCAUUUGCAUUGCUUUAGAUUUCUGUAACUUGUCCCAUUGAUUCCAGUGGAAUUUAAUUGUAAAGACCAUUCCAUGAUUCAGUGAUCCUCAUGUUCUGUGCGACUGCUGUUGGCAGACUAGGAAACAGCAGGAUCUAAUAGCAUGGAACAUAAUCUCUUGUGAGUGGCCCUUACAGAAUUUCUUCCCUAAUGGUACUCCACAUGCACACCUGGAACUCAACACAUUUCUUGCACAGCACUGCAGUGAUACACUAGCCAUGAGGGAAGUUCCCAUGUUUUUUAUUUUAAAAAAUUGAAAAAACAAAUUUAAAGCCAUGUAAAUAUAUAUAUUUAAAAAUAUAUUGGCGUGAUCAGUUACAUGAAAGUAUAGAGAAGCGUAACAUUUCCUCGAAUUCAGAAAAAAAGGAAAGCAAGCUACAUACCGUAAAUAUUUUUAUUAUAUGGGGAGGAGAGAGAAAUUAACAAGUAGUAGGGGUAUGUGCGCUUACUACCCAAACCUUUUGCCAGAAAUAAAUGAAUGAAAAUAUAUAUAUAUAUAUAUAUAUAUAUAUAUAUAUAUAUAUAUGUGCAUGCAAGCCUUUAGGCUGUAACUUUCACGGCUGGAGAACACUGCAGAGCAUUUUCUUUUAGCCCCCGUUAUCAAUGCAUUUUCAGUAUAUUUACAGAUCAUCACUGUCAGUAAGUGUCAGCAUACAUAUUAGUGGUGUUUUUGUUUUUGUUUAUAAAGCUGCUAGUAUUUAUGUACUCAUUUGCCAGCUGUCCAGGAACAAGGAUUCAUGUUGAUGACAUGAUUAGGGCUAUGAAUUGGGGUAGCUAAAUAUGAGUCACCACUAAAGCCUAAUUCUUGCGAGUAGAAGUUAAGAACCCUUUGGAGAUUGAGACUUAUCAAGAGCUCAGCCAGUUGCACGUGGGUGAAUCAUGAGGGCAGGGGAGUUUCCACACCUUGUUCCACAUCAUAAUGUGAGAUGGCAACAGAAAAGCUAACACUUCCGAGCCAAGUGGCAGUCUUGUGGAUCAACCCCACUUCCUUGCAAAAGUUGAAUUUUCAUAAUAAAGAUGGGGUGAUUGAGAAAUGUCCUGCACAUUGCUUGCAUAAUGAUUGCGUGACACACAACACAAUCUAACCUCCUUGUAAACAAAUCGGGAUGAAUGUUCAAGACACUGGUUGUUUGGAAGCAACCUAAGAUCACCUAAUCGAAUCCCUUCCAAUUUUGUCUUGCAGGUGUCCAAGGAGGCAGCUUUAUCCUGGUGCAAAGAAAAGGACAUUGCGUAUUUUGAAGUAAGCGCCAAGAAUGAUAUCAAUGUAGUUCAGGCUUUUGAGACCCUGGCAAGGCAAGCACUAUCGAGGGUGAGUAGCAGCCUUGUCCUUAAGAAAUAGCUGAGUUUUUCAUCAGCAUCAAACAUGUUGCAUGUGAAGCAAACAGCACCCUCUUGUGAUCAUUUCCAUAAAAUCAAAGGAGGAGCAAAGUUUUGGGUCUGGCUAAUGUGUGAUUUUUAAAGUUUUGGGCUCACAUAUUUUCGCUUGCAGGUCUUCUCCCGAGUGCAGUGCAGUUCAGCUUCCCCCUUCCAGAGUGUCUGAUUCUGCACUGAAACCAAAACAGGUGCAGUGAGAGCCAUAUAGUAUAAAAGUAAAGGCAUGUGUUUAUCAUUUUAUUUACUUUUUAGAAUGCUACAGUUUGCAAAAGAGAAACCACAAUACCUCUUAAAAAUCUGAUUUUUGGGGAGAAUAGGAAUUGUAUGUGAUUGUGGAUUAUAAGUACAGUACUCUCAUCAUAUAUAUAAUAUGAUGUUGCAAAAGGGAUGAGAUUUUUAUGACAAUAAAUAUAGAGAUUUCCAACCACAGAACUAUGACAAACUGAAAACCUUACAUCAAAACCAAUUUCCGCCCAUAAGACAGUUGUGCAUCAAAGAGUUCUCUGGGUGUCGUUAAUCUUAAAGCAUGUGGGAUGAGAUUGCUGCCUCUGACCACAAGGUGUUGCCACUUGUUCAGGUUAAGACACAGAGAAAGGAGAACAAAAGGAUUUUUUUUAUGCCAAGAUUUUUGGUUCCCAAGUACUGUACCUUUCUGACUAGGGAUGACCCUUGCCAUAUAGCAACUCAGCUAUUUUAUUAUCUUUUGUUUUGCCUUGUUUUCAUAAACUCAUACUGGGUUAUGUUUUUCUUUUAGUACAACGGGAUCAUCGAGAACUACCUAACUGAUUCUAUAAAGCUCACUCCUGAAGACCAGCCCAGGACAAAAUGUUGCUGA